AUGGCAGAGGAACAGAUACGACAAGCCCGAGCCGAAUCUGGAUCACUGAGACGGCAGCUUCAGGCUCAAGCGUCUCAAGCAGGGCCCCAGGUGGCGCCUCCUACUGCUUCGAUAUGGAGCACGACAGCAGACCUGCCGUCCGAGAUGAAACAAUCGAAGUCUUCGCAAGCAUCAGUGCUAUUUCUGCAGUGGCAAAAUGCGCACCUCCAAGCCGAAAUCCGACAUUACCAGCAGGCCUUGACGAAUACAAAGUCUGAGCUGCAGCGACUUGGCCUUAAUUUUCAGUACCACUCGUGA